CUAACGCUGGCAUGUACAAAAACAAUGCUAGUUCGUAAACAAAACAUAUUUUUUAUACAUUACUUUGCCAAAGCGAAAAAACAAGGACAAUAUGCGUAAGACGUGGGUGAAGAGGGAAAAUAUAUACUUCAAGCCCUUCUACAAGCAGAAGUCAAAGAUGUUCCUGCUGCUAAUAUUCCUGGUGGGGAUUUCCUUCAUCGCGUAUCAGGCCUUCUCGCUGAACCAGCUGCCCGGAGUGCCUGCUCCUUGGAAUCUGCAGCAGAUCAAGCGAAAGCACCAGCAGAUGAUGCAGUCUCUGGGCAGCAAGCAGCGCGACGUGGACGACUUCGAUGGCGGAGGAGGGGAUGCAGUUACUCCGGCAGGCGGAGAAACCUCAGCUGUGGCUGGCCACGAGGAUCCAAUCAAGAUUGUCAGGGGCACAAGGCUCUUCGACUACGACGCCUACAAGCCCAACUUCGAGGGCAAGUUCCGGUGUCUGGAUGGCUCCAAGGAGAUUCCGUUCGAUCACCUGAACGACAACUAUUGCGACUGUGAGGAGGACGGCAGCGAUGAGCCCAGCACGAAUGCCUGCACCAAGGGGCGGUUCUACUGCCGCUACCAGAAGCGUCACAUCACGGGCCGGGGCCUGGAUGUCUACGUGGCCAGCAGCCGAAUCAAUGACCACGUGUGCGACUGCUGCGACGGCAGCGACGAGUGGAGCACGGCGACCAAGUGCCCUAACUAUUGUGCGUAGUUGCAGGCCGACGAGACUACUAUUCCUCUUCCAACUCCACCUGUGCACCCAGGACACCAAUCUCAAGGAUGAAGCUGUCUGGCGCAUCACAAGCGAUAUUUUUUGUACGAGUACAAUAGAAUUGUAAUUUAUUUUAAAAUAAGUAGAUU